AUGGAAAAUAAAUUGGAUGAAGUAAUGCUACGUAUUAAAACGGAAGCGUGGUGCGACUUUUAUGGAACAUCGUUUUUUUACUGGUCAUUCGAAGCAUUUGGCCCCACUUCAGACGCUUCUCAGUUGAAAAUAUUGGAUAAUCAGCAGCAAUCUGAUGGCGUAAUUAGUAGUAAGAUAGAAGAUGUUAGUCUCGAUGAAGGUGUGUCUGGUAACUGUAUUAUUAUCAAUGGAACAACGCAGGUUUUACUGGCAGAUUUGGUGUCAGCUUCAAGUUGCCUUGGUGACCCCGUAACAUGUACAUCGGGACUUUCUGUUGCAGUAUGGCUCCAUAUUUCCAGUAGUCAGAAAGAACCAUGUACUAUUCUGACGUCAGGAGCACACAGUACAAUGGCCAAAGGAUUUCACAUACACUACGGUGGAAGUGUCGAUCCUGGUGCAAGCGACUAUGGCCUACUGACCUUUGACAUUUACGAUGGGAGCACUUUAUGGUCGCAUGGUUACGAUAUACUAACAGAUCAGAAUACAGACUACUGGAAUCAUGUUGUAAUCGUAUGGAGCCAAACGAGUGCCACUAUGACCAUGUUUGUGAAUGGGGUAGAGAUCACAUCGAUCACGCCUGGUGUAGCUAAUACGCGGAAUUAUAAUACCGCUAAUACAUUGUAUUUGAAUGGCGAUGGUGGUACAUCGAUCUGUAACGCGCGAUACGACGAACUUGCUCUCUGGGAAAAUAGCUUGAGUAGUGUGGAUGUGUCUGCUCUAUACGACUCUGUAUAUGCCGUAACAACACCCACUAUUACAACUGAAUCGUCGACAUUUGCAGUCACUACAAUGGGAAAUACAGGAACAACCGAAGAAUUACUGGGAUUGGUGCAAAUCAAUGAACGGUUCAUUUCUGGGACAGACUCACUCCCAUCACUUAUUAGUAUGUUGAAACAAUUGACUAAUAUCACGAACAAUAAUCCUGAACUAACAUCGGAAGAACUGAUGAUAGCUUUGAAUAUUUUACAACAAGUAGCAGAGUUAGGGAAUUUUGAUAGUAAGAGUGCACUUGCCGAAGACAAGAAUGAAAUCAGAAAUAACUUUCUUGCUACUGUUGACAAUUUGAUCGAUAGUGAUUAUUCGCAUUUAUGGAGAGCAUCAGCACAGGAAAAUCCGAAUUCCGGCCUCGACUUAAUACACUCGAUGGAUGAGUUUGUUGCUGCAAUGAUCGUGGAUACCAAUUUUGAGGCAGUUGAUGUGAAAUCAGAUAACCUUGAGUUGAUAACAGAGGUGACCAAUGAUGACGUUGAUAUAGAACUAGAAUUCACGCAAGGAGAUAACCACGUGUACAUACCUUCGGAGGCUUUUUUAUCAGGAACUGUUGAACGUCGUGUCAUUGCGGUUCUUAUGAGUGGAAUAUCCGAAUUAUUGAACGAUGAACGAAAUGAUUCCAGCGGUACAAAUAUCAAUACGCCCAUUAUGUCAGUCACAAUCCAUCCUGAAGCAGUGGGCGAGACGUUUAGUAAAGAUGUUAGGAUAUUGUUCUCGAAUACAAAUACAAGUUUCUUUAGCCCAGAGUGUGUUUUCCUUGACGAAAAUUAUUUGUGGUCUGAUAGAGGGUGCCAUACGGGGACCACCACUGAAUCAAGCACAGAAUGCAUUUGCAACCAUCUUACAAACUUUGCAGUAUUGAUGUCAGUCAAUAAUAUUGAGCUAUCUGCUGCUGAUGAAACUGCACUCACUAUUAUUACGUAUGUUGGAUGUUCCCUGUCACUUAUUUGUCUCUUAUUGGCCCUGGCGUUACUUCUAUAUCUGAGAGAACUGACAUCUACACGUAUCAUAAUACUGAAAAACCUGAUAGUUGCAUUAAUGAUGGCGGAGAUGUUGUUUAUCACUGGCAUAAACGCCACACACAAUGAGACUCUGUGUACAGUUGUUGCUGUGUUGCUUCACUAUUUGUAUCUGGCUGUAUUUUCAUGGAUGUUGGUCCAGGGAGUUCAGCUUUUCAUGAAGAUAAGAAAAGUGUUUAAUUCCAACAUCCGGGUUCUUUACUUUUGUCUUUUCGGAUGGGGAUUUCCCGCCAUCGUUGUCGGGAUUACAUUAGCGCUUGAUUACCGUGGUUACGGAACAGAUUCUCAUUGUUGGUUAUCAGUUGAACGUGAUACUAUCUGGGCAUUUGUUGGUCCUGCUCUGCUCGUCAUUCUGGUAAACACCGUUGUUCUCAUUCUUGUGAUUAAAGUGUUUAUGAGCGUCAAAUCCAACAAAGACAAAACCGAUGUAGAGAAAAUAAGGUCUGGUGUGCGUGCAACGGCUUUAUUGCUGCCUUUACUGGGUUUAACCUGGGCGUUUGGUCUGCUGGCGAUUGACGAAUCAACAGUUGCUUUCCAGUACAUAUUCGCUAUUCUCAAUUCACUGCAGGUAGAUUUAGUACAUACUAUUGUGUUUGAACCAAUUUGA